GCGCUGUGAUUGGUCGUAUUACUAAGGGCUUCGGAGCGGGAUUAAAACAUACUGUUUAUCCUGACAACUUUAAAAUUGUGUUAUUUAGCUGCCGGUUCAUCAUUUAACACGUCAUUUUACAGUCUCAGUUGGUGCUGACGGAGCGCUAUUAUAAGUUACCUGUAACAUUUUUUUAUGAAGUGUUACCUUAAAUACUCUUGUGAGAGAAUAAAGCGUGUUAGCUUAGCAGGCUAACUUCCCAUUGGGAUAUUAGCGAGUUAUCUAGCGUCGUUUUUUAGCUAACAACUAGGAGCGACAGCAGCACCGAGACAAGCAUGAACUGCCCACCCAACAAGCGGUUCCGAGGCCUGGACCAUGAAGUAGUGACAGCAGUUCCCUUUGAUGACCCGUUUGGAGAUGAUGAGGACUUCACACAAGAUGACCUGGAUGAGAUCGACAUCAUCGCCUCACAGGCUAUCACAUCGGCUGCUUCUGGGUCUAAACCAGGAACCAAACCGGUGGAUCCGGUCCAUGGGUCGGCUUGCCCGCCAUGUGUAGGGCAGCGCAAACCUCUAAGCAGACCCACAACAAAUCAUAGCAGAGGGAACAGCAGCAGCAACCGAGUUAAUGCUGGGAUAUCAAACAGAGAACCUCUGAGUAACAGGCAGCAGCAGAUUGUGUCAGACAGAGAGGACAGCUCCUACAGUCUGUUGGAGGCCCAACAUGCAGAACUUAAGAGGAAGCUGAAGGAGGUGGAGGAGGAGAUUGUGUUGAAGAGCGGGGAGAUCCGCGUCCUGAGAGAUUCUCUGAAAGCAGCUCAGCAGGAGAAGGAGGCUCAAAGGCAGAACCAUAUCCUGCUGGAGACUCAGAGACAGAGGGAGCAGAGCGACAGGGAGAAAGAGCUCAACAGGAAGGUUCAGUCUCUGCAGUCUGAACUGCAGUUUAAAGAAGCAGAAAUCAAUGAGAUAAAGACCAAACUGCACAGUUCAGACAGAAGCAAGACAGCCUCUCCACUCUCUAGAACCAGACCACCAAUGAACUAUUGUGUUUAUGAGGAUUCUGAGGACCACAGAAUUUUGAUUGGUGUGUGUGUGUGUGUGUGUGUUUCAAUAGACAGAGGGGUGUCCAGCAGCAGAUCUGGUGACAGCCAGGAAGUGUCUUGCCCAGACCCCUUCCUGUCGGUCAGACCUGCACACCUUCAGCACCGAGGUGGUGUCCUGCUGGGGUUGUUGUUGCAGCAGCCUCUGUCUCCCAGCAGCCUCGGCCUUUCUCACCUGCUGUCUAUAAGUCAGACCGACUUCCUGGCAUCCAGCGGGUCGUCGACAGAUUUUCUGCUCCACUCUGAUGCUGCAGCCUGUUGUAGCAGCGGUGGAGGCGGAGCUCCCAGAGCUGCUGUGCGUACUGUCCAGAGUCUGGCCCUAACUGGACUGAACAUGCUGAGUCAGAACCGAACGGAAGCUGCAGUCAGCAGCAGAAAUAACAGGUCGUGUCCUGGAGCCGUCCUCCUCCUCCCUCUGUUGGACCUUCACCUGUCUCGACUUUGUCAGUCUCUGGACUUUCUGCGCUCCAGCUCUGCUCGCAACAACGGUUCAGACUCGUCCGCUGCCAGCUCACUCCCAGCAGGCACUGCGCAUCCUACUGCAGGUCUGGGAAGACUUGAGGAGACUGGUGUGAAUGGUUUCAGUUUGGAGGACACUGGUUUGACUGCUCUGAGGCUUCUCUACCUUCUGUUGGCCCAGAGUGAUGAGGUGGUGGAGGCUGUGCUGUCAAAGGAGACUCAGAGCACAGUUACAGCUGACCAGGCUGAGCGCUCUGCUGCAGGUGUGGGUCUGUGCUCUCAGAAUGCUUUGCUGCAAUCAGUGUUGCGGCUGUGUGAAGCAGGACUUGGCAGAAGCAGCCUACAGCGGGAGGAGCUUGUCUUCAGUGCCAUGAAGACAUUAUGUGUCUUAAUUCAGAGGACACCACAGGCACUCACCAACAGGUUGCAGUGUGUGUUGCAGGUGAUGUGUGUGUGUUUGUCAGGAAACAGCAGUUUGCAGAGAGUUUCUGAGUGUGUGUCCAUCCUCAUGCCGUUGUCUGACCACCAAACACUGGCUCAGCAGCUCUGCUCUCAGCAUGAUCCGUGUGUUUUCCUGAAGUUGUUCCAGUUCGUCAGAACCAGACCAGACAAACAGGCUACACGCACAGACUGGAUUUUACUGGACCUGCAGGUGGUUCGUUUGUUGAGCAGACUGAAAACUCAGGCGGCAGAAAGCUGGUCCGCCAACUUGCACAGCAGCUGUCAGUGUUACACUGAGUUGGUUCAGACAGUGGUCAUUGUUUUCCAUCGCCAGUGGUUGGAUCUUCGAGAUUUUCAGGAGCUGACAGACUCGACAGGCUUGGCACCACCCUCGUCUAAGUGCUCUGCCCCCUUGUUGCCGUGGUGGUGCAGCCCAGCGGCGUCUCUGCUCAGAGAAUGUCUGCUGCUGCUGCACUGGCUGCUGCUGCACCACGGCAACUUCUCAGAAAGCUGCAGGCCACUGCUGCAUAUGUACGACCAGGUAAUCCCCGCUGUCCGGGACACACUGAAGAAGAUCCCCGAGCUGAGUGAGAGCGAGGAGCUGGCAUUGGAGGAGAUCUGCCGCUCAGAGGGAGACGAUACUGAUGACAUGGAUACUGAUUCUGGCUCCUGAUUGGCCGCGGACCACCAAGCAGACAAGGGGAACGAUCUGCGAUCUCUUGGAUAUUUUGCACAGAGACGAUCACAGAUCAGAGUGUC